GCAAGCAAGCAGGAUCGAUCGCACGCACGCACCCACGCACCCACGCGCCUCAUACAACGUACGUGUGUUCAGCUUCGUGGCCCAUCAUCGUUCACUCAUCACUCGCAAACGCCAAUCCAACAUCGAAGGCAGAGAUCAGCUCAAACUCACCACUGCACCACUCACACCACUCUGGUGUCGGCAAAGUCACUGUGAUCAUCCAUUGAUUGCCUCUCCUGUAGUCGCCCCUCGACCCUACCCCUCACCCCACCGCUGUCCGCUAUCAGCGCACAAGCUCAGCAGCCACGCAAGCACGCAAACCAAGCUGCAUCCACACUCUCCCCAAGCAUGUCCAGCAACGCUCAAUCCGCAUCAUCUUCGACAGCAGCAGCUGCAGCGCCUGCAGCUACGCAAAAACCAUGGCAAGCCAAGUUGGUGCUGUUGGGUGAGGCUGCUGUGGGCAAAUCAUCAGUCGUGCUCAGGUUCGUGUCAGACGAGUAUACCGAGAACAAGGAGCCCACCAUUGGCGCUGCAUUUCUGACUCAAAAAUGCCGGCUAGACAAUGCGAUCAUCAAGUUUGAGAUCUGGGAUACCGCCGGUCAGGAGCGAUUCCACAGUCUGGCCCCCAUGUACUAUCGAAAUGCACAAGCAAGCGCAGUCGUCUACGACGUCACAAAGGCUAGCUCAUUCGAGAAGGCCAAGUCGUGGGUCAAGGAGCUUCAAAGGCAAGCGAACCCAAACAUCGUCAUCGCAUUGGUGGGCAACAAGAUCGACCUGCUGAGUGAGAGCGGCAGCGGCAGUGCAGCGGAUGAUGAUGAUGAGGAGGAGGAGGAGGAGGACGAUGCGACUACUACUGGCGCAGGUGGAAACUCUAAUGGCACCCCGUCAGGUGGUGCGACAAGAGCAGUACCCAAGGAGGAAGCUGCAGCGUAUGCUCAAGAAGGGGGCCUACUGUUUUUUGAGACGAGCGCAAAGACUGGUCAAGGUGUGGUCGAGCUCUUCACCGAGAUUGCCAAAAAGAUUCCCAUCGACCAGAUCCAAUCACAGCAGCAGCGCAGCGGCAAUGCCAACGGCAACGCAGCUGGGGCAAGUGCGAGCGCAGGUCAAGGCGGAUUGCGGUUGGGCCAGAAUGAUGCUAGAGGCGGUGCUGGAGAGGGUUGCAAUUGCUGAGGCUGGUAAAUGAUGGUAGUCUGUGCAGCGAUGCUUACAUCUGCAAGUCGAAUCUGGACAAAGAAGACGUCUGCGCGACUUUCUUGAGUGCUCGUCUGGACACACCAACGCGCAGAUAUAGGCAGUCGCUACACACACUCUCUCGUCAAGUCCUCGACUCACCAUUCGCCCCGCCCCUGGCCGCCCCACCUCCUCUGCUCUUGUCCCGCUCUCUUCUGUCUCUCCUGUGUAUAGCUCUGUCCGUCGAGCGAGGUCUUCUCUAACGAUUCCAUGCAUACAUUUUGACUUGCUGUCUGCUCAUCGAGACCUGCAAUUCCGACGCGU